CUCACUGCACUUGCACUUUCAUGUGAGACACAGAGAGAGGGAAAUUAAAGGAGAGUCAAAAAGAAAAGAAGACAACAGCAUAUGAAACAAACAAGCACUGGUCAAUUUUUUCCUACUGCCAUAGAACUUUGAACCUCUGCCACCUCAGAAGUGCCGGAAGUUUCCCACUGAUAAUUUCAAAGAGAAAUGGCAUCUCAGUUCAGGGGUGUGAGUGUCAUUUGCAUAGGGACCCAAAAACAUUCUGAACAGAUUCCUGUCUUAUGGUAAAUAAUUACAAUAAGAGUUGUAAAUUAAGAAAGAUAAUGCCCCUCCUCUAACAUCUAUAAAUCUUCCCUUUCAUCUGAAGAAACAAACAUUCUCAUAGUCAAACAAAACAAUCUCCUCCUCCCCUCCAAACACACACACACUAAUACACAUAGAAUAUGUCAACACUCAAUCAUCUCUUUGAUCUCCCAGAACAGAUAUGCUAUGUAGAAUGUGGUUUGUGCACCACCAUGUUACUGGUAAGUGUGCCAUGUAGAAGCUUGUCCAUGGUGGUCACAGUCAGAUGCGGCCACUGCACAGGCCUUUUAUCUGUCAACUUGAUGAAUGCUUCUUUUGUUCCUCUGCAUCUUUUAGCCUCUCUUAAAGAUGACAAGCCAAAUCCUGAGAAAAAUGAUGAUCCACAGAAGGUCUUGGACUGGUGCAGCCCAUCCGUGGUGGCCUCUGCUGACUAUGAAGAAGAUGAUAUAAUCUCUGUGAAUCGCAUUGUUAAUAAACCCCCUGAGAAGAGACAACGAGCUCCAUCAGCUUAUAACUGCUUCAUUAAAGAGGAGAUCCAGAGGCUUAAGGCUAAGAAUCCAAACAUGGCUCACAAGGAAGCUUUCAGUACAGCUGCAAAAAAUUGGGCUCAUUUCCCUUCGUUUCAGUACAAAGGAGAUGGAGACUAUAGCCAGACUGAGGAAAACGUGACAUGGGAAUCCCAGGACACUGAGGUCCAUGAAGAUGACAAAGGCUUUCGUGAAAGAAAAUGUCCCAAGAAGAGGCCCCAAGAAAAUGCCCCAAAUUAAGGCCAUAUGGGCGACGACACCCUUUUAAAAGUGAACAUGUCUGCAAAGGUUGCCAUAAAAGGAAAGCUAUUUCUAUCUCAGGGUUGGUGUUCAGAUUAAAGUCAAAUGCCUUAGGCUUAGAUGGGUAGUAGAAGUACUGGUUGUCAGGACUAAAAGAACCUUUAGCUUACAAAGUAUCAAUGACUGAAAUUAUGUCUAAAAGAUAUUUUCUCUUCUAGCUCUA